CCUCCAGUAUUGAGCACGAAGUCUCAGGUUGAUCUGCAUAUUGGGUGUGACCCGGUUCUUCAGGUAUUUGUUUGGUUACUGAUCCUGGGACACACAAAAGUGGAAUCCUUCACUGCCUACCUUGUAAUAGCAGUGGUUGCAAUAAUGGAGAAGAAAGCUUUGGCUCUGAAGGAAAUGAUGAAGACACAAUUUCCCAAGAGGAAGAAUUUUGACCCUCGAAAGUGGAUGACACAGGUACCAGUUAAGGCAUUUGCUGAUUUAGCGCUGAACAAGCAACCAGAAGACAAGAUGGACAACAGCUUUGACAACAAAGAGAUGUUACUGCAAACAGAGAAGCUGUUUAUUGAAGCAGCUAAAAGCAAUGAUGUAGCUGCAAUGAAGACACUUGGAAAGGGGUUAAAUCUCAAUGCUAAGAAUGUGCACAAUAGGACUGCCCUUCACUAUGCUGUCGCUGGAAAAAACAAAGAAGCGGUGGAGCUACUUCUAUGGCGCAGGGUGGAAGUGGAUCAGAGAGACAAGUUUGGUGUGGCACCCAUUCAUUUAGCUGCCUGGUUUGGCAGCUUGGAGAUUCUGAAAUUAUUAGUACGGGCUGGAGCAGAACAGAAGAUUGAGAAUGAGGAAGGACUUAACAUCAUGCACUGUGCUGCUAUCAACAAUCAUACUGACAUUGUGGAAUACAUUGUCAAUGACCUGCAAAUGAAAGAACUGGACAAAGAUGAUCAGUCAGGCCAUUGUACAUUUGCCAUGGCGGCAGAAAAUGGCUGCGUGCAAAUGUUACAAAUGCUAAUGGAGCCGGAUUACAACAUGGCCACCAUGAAGCCCAACAAGAAAGGAGACACGCCCCUGCACUUAGCUGCCAGGAACGGACACUUGGAUGUUGUCCAACUACUUCUGUACAGCUUUGAUACCCGGGAUGAAAUUAAUAUGGACGGUGAGACCGCUCUGUACCAGGCCGCCAAGAACGCUCAGGAACAGUGCGUCCUGGCUUUGCUGGAAGCUGGCUGCAACCCUGACAUCCAAACAGCAACCAAACGCAGCGCCCUUCAUCCAGUUUCAGAGCAAGGAGACACAUCUCUUGUCCAACUUCUCCUAGAAUAUAAAGCCCACACAGAUUUUCAGAAUGAGGACUUGGAGGUUCCUCUUCACCUGGCAGUAAAGAACAGCCACCUCCCCGUCAUCCAUUUUCUAUUGGAGGCAGGAUGCAACUUUAAUGUCACCGAUAAGAGGUCUCAGACGGUCAUGCAUCUUGCUGCUGAACUUGCAAGAGUAGAUGUGGUGGAAAUGCUACUGAAGGCUGACGUUGAUUUGACACUCGAAGACCGGCAGGGAAAGACGGCACUCGGCGUGGCGGCCAGAGCGGACGAGGUGAUCAUUGUGGACAUGAUCAUCAAGGCAGAAAGAUACAACGCGUGGAAGAAAGCCAACCCAGGGUGUAAUCAGAGUGUUCAUAGCGAGUAUCCGCUAACAUUCAAACUGGACCACCGCAAUGAGACCAAGCAGCUCCGCUCGAUUACCUGGCGCCUGGCCUACGAGCUCCUGAAGCCAAGAGACUGGACACGUCUGGCUGAAUACUGGCGAUUCACAGAGGAACAAGUGACGGCCAUCGAAAGGCAGUGGACGGGUCAGCACAGCUAUAAAGAACACGGCAACAGGAUGCUGCUGAUCUGGCUCCACGGAGAGGAAUUGGCAGGCACAAAUCCUUUGAUCGAACUCCAUCAAGCUCUUGUCCAAACAGGACAUGGCAGAGCUGCAGAAAAGAUUCGGAUGGAGUCAGAGAAUGUCAACAGUAGGGGCUGCCAAGUAUCAUGAUUGAGGGGUUUGACAUGCAACAUCCAUCCCUUUCAAGACACACUUGUACAGAAAGGUAGCGCUAAAAUAAUUUAUUAUGUAAAAAGAAAGCAUCAGGUCAUAUACAAACAAGAGGGCUUUGGUUUGAUGUUCAAUGACACACUAAAAAGUACAACAAUAUGUCUUUAUACAUGCACCUGUUCCUGAAUAUUCAAGUAAACAUUAAGUUCAAUAAAUUCCAUCUUGAAAACUGCACCUUUAAAAUAUCUUACAUGUGUGGAUCCAACCACAAACGUCAGUGAGGUUCCGAGGAAUAAUUGAUCAAUUUCCCUUUGCCCCUAAAUAAAAACUUGUAAAGCACAGUAAGAAUCACAGUUGUUGCAUAGUAGUUAAAACUUCAUCUAGUCAAUGAUCGUUGGGGGGUGUGUGAGUGAGGGCUCUGUGUGGGUGUCAUUAGUCGACUACUUUGAUAGAUUGUACAUUACAAGCGUUUGUUCUAGAGGAAGUCUUCACAACAGUGGGUGUGCGGGGACCCCGUUGGGAGGCGCGAACAGAUUUGGUAGCAAAAGGAUGACCGAUCGUGUGCUAGGAGAAGAGAAAGGGAGGAGGGGGGGGCAUUAGACUCCAACACAAAUGGAAAAAUGCUUCAUAUUGUUAUGAUUCCAUACCUGCGCAAUUGGUUUAUGGCGUUCUACGACAAUGGAGGUCAUGGGCGGAGUCAUACCCAUCACCUGGAGGUUGCUGCGUACAGUCU